ACCGUUUUUAAUGUCGAAGACAGUAUAAAUAAAUAAGGUCUCUCUAAUCGUGUUGUUUCAGAAAACAAGAGCGUCCUUUGAUUGGUUUUGGAUUUUGUUGUGUUCCUCUCAAAAUGACAAAAUUAUGGACUCUUCUCUCUGCUCUUCAUUCCCUCGCUGGACCCGUGGUGAUGUUGCUUUACCCGUUAUAUGCGUCGGUGAUAGCAAUAGAGAGCCCAUCAAAAGUAGAUGACGAGCAAUGGCUUGCUUAUUGGAUUCUCUACUCUUUCCUUACUCUAUCAGAACUCAUCCUUCAAUCUCUCCUAGAGUGGAUACCGAUAUGGUACACGGCUAAGCUAGUGUUUGUGGCAUGGUUGGUUCUGCCGCAAUUUAGAGGGGCUGCUUUCAUAUACAACAGGAUCGUGAGGGAACAGUUCAAGAAGUAUGGCAUCCUCAAACCUAAGGUAGAACAUCAGGCUGAGUGAGUCAAAAAGAAGAUGGGACAAAAGAGGGAUUCACUGUUGGGGCCUCCAAUUUCUAAUCUUAUAUGCUUUUUCUCUUUUGUCUUAAUUCUCUUUUGAUAUAUGGAAAAAUGGGUUUAGAUGUUGACUAUAUGAGUUCUUAUGAGCCUAGCUCCUGCUUGAAUGUAUAUGAAAAGAACUUUUAUUCGACGUUAAAAUAUUAUAUUAAGAGAUUAUAAAUUUUAAUGGUA